GGAAUUCUCUCAAAUCAACUGCAUUUUUAAGUUCGUUUGUUAAAAAAACUAAAUGAAUUUCUUUGUGCUGUAUAGUGAGAAGGCAACUGAAGAAACUUAGGAAGAAAAAAUAAUUAAAGUGCUUGAUAAACAGUGCUCCAAAAACUGAACAGAAACUGCUUUAAGGACAGGAGUAUAAGCUAGACUGAUCAGGGGAAGCAAGAGACAAGACAGUUAGUUAUGAGCUCAUCGACUACGGAAGAUGAUAAGCCACCAUAUGCAUUAUUCUUUGGCGGAAUGGGCGCUGCCUCGGCCAUCAUAUUCUCCGCCUUAGGCGCAGCCUAUGGCACAGCCAAGUCCGGCACUGGGAUUGCCGCGAUGGCCGUCAUGCGGCCGGAGCUAAUCAUGAAGUCCAUCAUACCGGUGGUCAUGGCUGGCAUUAUAGCCAUCUAUGGCUUGGUCAUCUCUGUGCUGAUUGCCGGCGCGCUGUCGGAGGACUACACCAUCCGCAAGGGCUACAUUCAUCUGGCAGCUGGACUGUCGGUCGGUUUCUCCGGCUUGGCGGCAGGCUUUGCCAUUGGCAUUGUGGGCGAUGCCGGCGUACGCGGCACGGCACAGCAGCCACGCCUAUUUGUGGGCAUGAUACUGAUUCUGAUUUUCGCCGAGGUCUUGGGCCUGUAUGGCAUGAUUGUGGGCAUCUAUCUGUAUACCAAAUAAAAAUGUAUUUAAGAUCUUUGUGGUGGC